CCUGCGCAGUGCCGCUCGCCUGCACCUCAGGCACGAGCCGGUGGGUCGAACGAACGAACGGACGACGGACGGACGGACGGCGACGGGAGUCGGCGUCUCGCGGCCGCGAUCUCGAAGCUUACUGAGCGUGGGAACCUUGCAGUGCAAACGAUAUUCAAGGUGUAAAGACAAAUCAAAGUGUGUCUCGGGUGCAUCUGGCUUGUUGCGAAGACUUAAUUUUUCCUGCUUCUCAUGGACAGUCACAUAGGUUCAAAUAUGGCAGUGGCCUUGAAGCAGGUUUUCAACAAAGACAAGACAUUUCGUCCCAAGCGCAAAUUUGAGCAAGGCACCCAGAGGUUUGAGUUGCACAAGAAGGCACAGGCAUCGCUGAACGCAGGUCUAGAUUUGAAACUAGCAGUGCAACUCCCUUCAAAUGAGGAUCUCAAUGACUGGGUAGCGGUCCAUGUGGUGGACUUCUUCAACCGCAUCAAUCUGAUCUACGGGACUGUGUCUGAAUUCUGCACUGCCUCCACCUGCCCUAUAAUGUCAGGAGGACCCAAGUACGAAUACAGAUGGCAAGACGAAAGCAAGUACAGAAAACCCACCGCACUAUCUGCUCCAAAGUACAUGAGUCUCCUUAUGGAUUGGAUUGAAACCCAAGUGAACAAUGAAAACAUAUUCCCAACUAAUGUUGGUACUCCUUUUCCAAAGAACUUCCAGCAAGUUUGCAAGAAGAUCCUCUCCCGGCUUUUCCGUGUUUUUGUCCACGUCUACAUCCACCACUUCGACCAAAUUGGCAAUAUGGGAGCAGAGGCACACGUUAAUACCUGUUAUAAGCAUUUUUACUAUUUUGUGACGGGAUUCAACUUGAUAGACAACAAAGAGUUAGAACCACUGUCUGAUUCUGUCUUUCUGGCGAUAGCUGCAUAGGUCUUUGAUCGUAUUAUCCGUUGCUCUGUUCUGCUCCUCUUAUCUGGUGACCUCUCUUCCUCCGUGGUUUAUGACAGUCUUACUCUCUGAAGCACUGUACAUAUUCUUGUGAUGAUCCUGCUAUGUUCUGAGAAGGAGAUGACCAUGAGAAUAUGCCAUUGAAAGACUCGUGAGCGACCUGAUGUUGGAAAAGGCUGAAUUAGUGUUUCUUCUCCAUUGUUGAUAUACUUUUUUUCAUCA